AUUGAACUUUGACCCACACUAAUGUUCCAAGAUGGCGGAAAAUGGUGCGUCUGCUUCGCAGCCCGUGGAAAAUCCUGUUCCCGACCCAGAAUUAGACGAUCUGUUGGACAGUGCACUGUCAGAUUUUGACAAGGCCAAAACCAAGGAUGCGGGGAAGGCCGCAGAAGGCCAGGCGGCGGGCGCGGACGGAGGGAAACCCGCGGGAGUAGGGGCGGGUGAGCCCCAGUCGGGAGGCGAAUCCUUCCCAACUGACGAGGAAGCCCUUUUCAGCGAGGUGUUUGAACAGGAGCUGGCCGGGCAGAUCGCAGAUGAGUUCGAGAAGGCCAUGAAGACUCUAGAAGAAGAAAACCCACAGCUGAUGGCUCAGUUCUCUAAGUUGGCGGAGGCUGCGGCCAAAGCUUCAGAUAUAGAACAGGGACCAGAAGCCAGCCCUGAAGGUGGGACCACAGAACUAGCCAGCUCUCUGUCACAGACCCUCCAGAGUAUGGCACAGAAUGCAGAGGAGCUCCAGAACAACCCCCUCACAGAGGAUGACCUUCUCAAGGCCAUGUCCGACCUUGGGCUGGGGUCAGAAGGCACAGCGGAGGGCGCGGGUGCCACAGACCUCCUUCCCAUGAUGCAAACCAUGAUGAAAAACCUCCUCUCCAAGGAAGUGUUGUACCCCUCCCUGAAGGACAUCUGUCAGAAAUACCCCGACUGGCUGGAACAGAACAAGUCCAAACUAUCACAGGAAGACAACCAGAAAUAUUCCCAGCAGUUUGAACUCAUGAAGCAGAUCUGUGGUGAGUUCGAGUCGGAAGCAGAGACGGACGCGGAGGAGGUCAAGGCCAAGAGGUUUGAGAAGACGUUGGACUUGAUGCAGAAGAUGCAAGAUUUAGGUCAGCCACCGAAGGAGUUGGUAGGAGAGAUGGCACCUGGAAUCGAGUUUGACGAACACGGCGUUCCAAAACUUCCAGGUGGCAAGGAGGGAGAGGCAUGUUCUGUCAUGUAGCUAGGUUAACCACACGGCAAAACCAUGUCAGCAAUGUAGCAAAUACAGUCAUUACCUGCUAGGCUAUGUUCAUUUUGAAUAAAUUAUAAAAAACUGAACAAGGCAAAACUUUAGCCAAACUGAUUUUAGCCAAAUUUCUGCAGUGAAAAACAAAAGGUCAAAUAUCACAAUAGAUGAUGAGGUAAAAUGAAUUAAGCUUGAAGCAAUAGAUGUAUUAUUAGUAUCAUCAUGACUGCAGUAUAAUGAAAUUAAGGGUAGUAAUAAACGUAGUAUAUGUACUGGUAAAAGUUGUUCACAUCACUGCACAGCUUUGUGCCAUUAUCUUGUGAGUAGUGUACACUACACAAUCAUGUAAUGAAAAAGUGCAAUUGGUUUGUAAAAGCUGCCUUGUAAAUGGAAAUGUAAUGGUUGGCUGUCUUUGUUUGAAAUAGAUAGUAUUAAACAUGAUUGUAUUUUCCAAGAAUUGUACUUGAUUGUAUCUCAAAACCUAAUACAUAAUGAAGACAUGAGAGCAUUUGGUUCAUUCCACAGAAUAAAAUGUUAUAGUCUGAUUGUGGAUAAUUGAAAGUGCACAUUGGCACUGUUGGCAUAGUUGUAAGUGUCUUUCAUAUUCACAGAGUGCUGUUAACAACAAAGAUUGACUGUUUUAUCGCUGCUAUGCAAAUGCAGACCUCAUCUCUGCCACUUUCUGUUCAAGACUGAGUUUUUGUAUGUGAUUGUAAAAACCUACCUUACAUUGUUCCUUUAUUAUGCAAGAUACUUGAUGUACAAUGGCUUGAAGUGUUUCUUUAUGAUUCUGAAAUUGGGUACAGCAAUUAAGCAGAAUGUUGUGAAGUUACAGCUUUUCCUAUUGAUGGCAAUGGGUCAUCCUAAGCAUUAGUAAGCAUUGCCAUCCACUCAAAGAUGGUUGAAGAAUCAUGCAUAUUAUGUAGCAAUAUAUGUAGCAAUUAUAUGAAGCAAUUGUUUGACUCCAUUGGUAAUAAAUUCAGCUUGUUUUUCUUGUGCUUUCCCUGAAAUUUAUGCCAAAUUGUGGCAUGGAAAUAAAGUAAACCACAAAAGAUAUGCCAAAAAGAAACAGGAACUUUCCUUAAGGUCCAAAAAAUCCGUUUUCAAAUCGGAUUUGAUACUAGAUCCUGUUAUCCUAAUAUCUGUUGUAUCACAUACAAAUGUAGUUACAUAAUAGAUUGCCUUUUAGUGUGACUUGAAGUUGUGAAAACGUUGUUCUAGUCAAGGAGUCGCCUUAAUGUGUGAUUAUCAAUCCUGAAUGAACAGAAAUACACAAUGGAAAUAGUGGUUCAUGGUUUUAUCCUUGUGUUAUCACUCUUCAGUCACAAAUACACAUGUUGCCAUGGCUUU